AUGGUCUACUGCGGAAAGCCCUCAAGGGGCUGCCAGAUGUGCAGGACUCGUCGAAUCAAGUGUGACGAGACAAAACCAACGUGCAACCAGUGCGCAAAGUCUCGGCGGCAAUGCCCUGGAUACAAGGACGAGUUCGACCUGGUCUUCAGGAACGAGACCAACGCCACCAAAAAGAGGGCUCAAAAGGCUAGUCGCAAGGCCAUGAACAGCAAGAUCGUGCGGAUAGAUUCCAACGGCAGUGACAACCAACUGUCUGCCGUUUCGAGGGAUCCAUUUAACAAUCAGUUAUCAACCAUUGUACCCAGCCUGACUGUCGCACCGGAACAGCACGCGCAGUGCCACUUCUUCGCCAACUUUGUCUUGGUACCUAGGCAGGAUGGGUCGCGAGGUUUCAUGGACUAUCUGGUCCCCAUGAUGGCCAAGGAGGCAAACAACACGCACCUGCGUCAUGCCUUCAACGCCUGUGCAUUGGCAUCUCUCGGAAACAAGGUGACGGCCAACGGCAUCAACUUUGGUGACCGCGCGUUGACUUCGUACACCAAGGCCCUAGCAGCGACCAACAUCGCUUUGCGCCAUCCAGAGGAGAGGAUGUCGGAUUCUGUAUUGGCUGCAAUUUUGCUACUGGGACUUUUUGAGGUGUGUAUUUCCAAUGGAAACUUGCAAUCCAAGGUCAACAUUACCAACGACCCUGCUGACACAAGAGUCUACAAACUGCAGAACAUAACAGCAAAGCAAAUGGGAAUGUUUGCUUGGGGAUCUCACAUAGAAGGUGCUGUAGAACUGGUCAAAUCUCGCGGCAGGAAGCAGCUGAGCACCAAGUCGGGAUUACUGCUCUUUAUUGCUGUCAGAACGCAAAUGAUCAUUCAUACUCUCACCACAGGCAAAGCGCCUAUAAUGGGUACCGAGUGGUGGAUGUCAGAUGCUGUCAAGGUGCCGGCAGCGGCUACGUGCCAAGGCAUAAACAUCAAGACUGGAGAACUGCGAGCCGAGGUCACCAGGUUGAUGACAACCAUGUCGCGGACACCCGAAAAUAUUGAGCUAAUGCUGGACAUGAUUCGACGGGCGCAAAUGGUGGACCAGGAAGCCCAGGCCUGGCUCAGGGAAAUGCCCGAAAGCUGGCGAUACAAGACGGUUGCAUGGGAGGACAAGGUUCCGAACGGUGAUUACAGCAAAGCCGAUGUCUUCCCCGGCCGCGUAGACAUGUACCCCGAUUUCUGGACCGCCAGCGUCACCAACAUGUGCCGGACCUGCAGGCUGAUCCUCGCCUCUAUCAUCGUCCGAUGCGCCGCCUGGGUAGUCUCCCCGGUGGACUACAGGACAACGCCAGAGUAUGCAACUGCGGCGAGGACUUGCGUCGAUACCAUCACGGACAUCAUUGCUUCCGUGCCAUACCAUCUCGGCUGGCACUUGAAGCGCAAGGAGAUCAUCGACCGCCACGACUUGUCCGGUUUCGCGUGCGGAGAGGAGGACACUAUGAAAGGACUGGCGGGAUACUUCCUCACCUGGCCUUUGACCUGCGUUAACUCUCAGGACUACAUCACCGACGCUCAGCGGGCUUGGGUCUGCGGACGUCUCAAGUACAUUGGCAACGAGCUGGGUGUCAGAUAUGCCAUUAUGCUGUCUGAGCUUCAAAUAAGACUGCCAUCCAUGCUGAUCCGCCGCGACGGGUUAGUGGCGCAGCCAUACCCCAAUGCAACCAACCUGGAGCAGCUGCUGUCGUCAGCGAGGCAUGCGCCACCAACAAACGGCUACGCUCUCAACCCUAUCCAGCAGCGCGAAGCGAUGCACAAGCGUCAGAUGGACGAAACCAAGGCAGAAAUCCUGCUCAAGGCGACGGCCUCGGCUGGACCAUCGGGACAAUGGGUUGCCCAAAAGAUGCUGGCCGUCUGA